CUAUUUUGACUUUGUAAAUGAUCAUAUUUAAUUAGUUUUAUUUUUGUAGUGUUUUAUCUAGGUAUAUCUAAAUGUAUAUUUAAAAGUAUAUUUUUUGAACUUUUUUUUUAUACAAUAAUUUUCUUAUAGCGCUAUUAAAAGUUAUAUAUCUCUUUCAUACAAGGAUGUGGAUGUCAAUUAAAUGUUAUUAUAUCUAAUUUCUAUUCAUAUCAAUUGUAUGGAUUGAUAUGGAUUGGUUUCUAUGGCAACCAAAUGUAAAGCAAAAGGAUCAUAAUAAAGUGCUCUAGCAAAAUAAUGUCAGUUAUUUGUGUAUCUAUAAAAAUUACUGUUUAUUAAUACAAAAGAUACCUGUAUCCAAUAAAGUGAAAAAAUAUCUUAAAUAAUUCAUCAUAAUGCAAAGACCACAGACAAGUAUUCCUUUGCAAAGCAAAUAUGAUAGAUUUUACAGAGGUGUAAAGAAUGAAUCUGGAGAGUUUUAUGUUACCUCUGGUACUACUCGUCCAGGUACACCUGGACAAAAUGUACUGGCAAGACCACCAUCAUCAUUGGCUUUACUUAACCAUGUACAAACACCUACUUCACGGUUGAGUACAAUCAGUUCAACUAGUUCCGGAGCAUUUAAUUCAGCAUUUCCUUUGCCUGGUCAGAUGAAUAUAAACGUUACAGAAAGGCCUAUCACUCAACAUGGAGUAGCAGGUCUGAGACCCGGAACAGCUAGAGGAUUGUCAAUGACCAGACAAAUUCAAGAUAAAAGAUAUUACAUUGGACUCAUGCAACUGAAAAUCAGAGAAUUAAGUCAAGAAAUUGCUGUUAUUUUCAAAGAUAUUGAAGAUCAAACUAAGGAAAGAGCUACUUAUAUACAUUAUGACAAGAGAGCCAAAGAUUUAGCUAUGGAAUUAACAACUUUGCAAGGACAGCUGGCUGACUACAACAUCAUUGUAGAUAAAAUGACGUCUGAUGUUGGGAAAGAAAUCAUUGAACAAGAGACUGAAGAACUUGCCACAAAGAAUGAACAAAAUUUAUUGAAAAUCGAAAAUAUGUUUGAAGAAAGAAAAGAAUUAGAGCAGAAGUUAACUAAAAUAGAAAAACAGUUAGAGGAUGAAAAAAAGAGGACCGAAAGGCUUAUAGAGAGCAUGGAUUUUAAUAUGAAAGAAAAAUAUGAUGAAUUAUCAAAAGAAAAAGCAAAACUGCAAGAGAAAACAAAUGCAUUGCAACAAGAAUUGGAUGAAUUAUAUAAAGAACAAGCUUAUUUGGAAGAAGAAAUAACAUUAUCUCCAUUGAAACAAGAAGCAGUUAAAUUACAUUUGAAAAUUAUAGAAAUGGAAGAAAAAAGGGACAAGUUGAAAGAAGAAGAGAAGCAUAGAAUUUCACCAGAAGAGGAAAGAGGAAAACUACUACAAAAGAUUAAGCAAGACAAUCUGGAUAUUGCAGCUGCUGAAGCUCAAUUGACUGAGAAAAAGAAACAGAUACAAGAAACUGAACAAAAACUCGAGCAAUUGGAAACAGACAUGGAAGAUACUCAAAUUGAGAAGCAAGCGAAAUUUAAAGAACUUCGUAAACGAGAAGAAGUUAUAGAGCAAUUUAUGAGUUCUUUUGAGCAGAAUAAAGAUGAUGAGACAAGAAAAAUGGAUAGAUUAGAAAAUACAAUAGUAGAAUAUUUGGAAAAUAUUUCAAAUAUGUUAAACAUUGAUAUUGAUUUUAUAGGAAAUGAUGAAAUGGCCAUUCUGAAUAAUUUACCACCCUUCAAUGACUAUGAAUAUAGUAAGAGUGAUCAAAGUUUUGAAAAAUUAACUAAAGAAAAUUUAAAGUUGCAGCAAAUUUAUAGCGAAAUGGAAAUGUUAGAGCAGAAAAUUCAAGCAGAAUUUGUUGAUCUUAAUGAAAGAAUGGGUAACAAAGAUAAUAAACCAAUAAUUCCAGAAGACCUAGAGAGUUUAAAAGCUAAAUUGACAUUGAAACAAGGGCAAUUAAUAGCAGAAUGUGAACAAUUGAAACAUCAGCAAUUAGAAUGUGAAGAAGAAAUCAAAACAAUUCAAUUUGAAUAUGAUGAAAUAAAGCAACGUUUAGAAAGUAAUGAUAUAUACACUCAGAUUAGUGUAUUAGAGAAUACUAUGGACAAGUUGCUGGAAGAGCAUAAGAAGAUUCAAGAUUUUAUUGUCAAAGAGGAGAAACGUAAUUCUGCCUAUCAUUUCAAUCCUCUAUGGUUAUUCCUUCUAAAUAUAAAAAUUUUCCACAUUAUGCUAAUAAUUGUAUAAUUAAGGUAAUAUACAAAUAAAAUAAUAAUACGAGUGUUAUCAUGAACGCUUCAUCAUUUGUUUUAUCUCAGAAAUAAGGUAUAGGAAUAUGAGUAAGGUAAUAACUGAAUUGUACAAUGUACUUUUUGAGGAUUACAAUUUUAUUUAAGAUAUUUCUAUAUUUCAAAGAAAAGUUCAUUUUUCAUAGCAGUGUUAUUUAUGGCAGUUACAAACAUGUGAUUAGUAAAAUGAUUGAAUACUUAUAGUUAUGUAGAGUUAUGUAAAUGAAACUAUGGAAUACAAUUUUUUUAAUACUAAAAACACGCAAAGCUAGUAGCAAAAAAUAUGCAAAAAAUAUAUAAAUCGCGAUUUAUAUUAUUAUUAUAAAUAUUCAAUAAAUAAAUAUUUGAAAUAAAUUCACACACAGCACACAACACAGCAACUCAUAGCAAAUAAAUAUGACGAAAUAAGUAAGAAUACAUAUAUAAUGAUCUUAUAUUCUAAAUCCUUACAAUAUAAAUUUACCUCAAUACAUACCUACAUAUGUUAUAAACUACCUUAUAAAUAAAUGUUUAUUUUAACAUACACUUUACUGUAAGCCAUACACAAUAUAUCGUGUCCUACUAUUAAGUUGAUACGGAAACUAUAAUAAAAGCUUUUCAAACCAA